AUGGCUUUAUCUGCAACUCCCCCGGUUCUUUCUCCGAGUUCUACUUCGGGGUCCGGCGGUCUCUUUCGCUCCGACCCGCUUUACUCGAGCCCGGCUAAAUCUCCGCGACUGACCGGAGGUAUGGUCAACUCUUUUAUCUCCAGUGUCAGUGGUCCCGUCGGAGGAAACGGUACUCUUCCAGGUAGUGUCAAAGCAAACGAAUGUAAACUAGUGGAGGUGCACGGAGUAAAGGUUGCUUCUUUUAGCGUGGACGGGCAGGAGUUGAUCUGUCUGCCGCAGGUCUUCGACCUCUUUCUGAAGCACCUGGUCGGCGGGUUGCACACCGUUUACACUAAGCUGAAGAGGCUGGAUAUUUGCCCAGUAGUGUGCACAGUGGAGCAGGUACGGAUUCUGCGAGGACUCGGUGCCAUUCAGCCUGGCGUGAACCGCUGCAAACUUAUCUCACGGAAGGACUUCGAGGCGCUCUACAACGAUUGUACCAAUGCAAGCUCUCGGCCCGGCCGCCCUCCAAAGCGUUCUCUGGGAGUGAGCAUGCAGGACAGCCCCCGGCUCCUACACCACGGAGUACACAGCCUCAUCUCCCCAGGCCUCCUCUCCCCCACAGGUCUGACACCAGCAGCGAUGGCAGAGGCUAUGAAACUUCAGAAGAUGAAGAUGAUGAUGAAUCUUCAUGCUGCAUCAAACCACAGCGGCACAGAGUCUGAUCCAGAGGAGUUGCACUCCAAUACAGGUGGCAGUGAGUCGAGUUGGGAGAAGGAGAAGCUCCAGUCCCCAGUCUCAGGAGCAGCCCAGCACAGCCUGACUAACUCUCACCUCAGCUCUCUGCAACAUAACCAUCUACUGGCUAACAGGUUGGAUCUGCCAUUUAUGAUGAUGCCCCACCCCCUGCUUCCUGUCAGCCUCCCUCCUGCUUCUGUUGCUAUGGCAAUGAACCAGAUGAACCACCUGAACACGAUUGCCAACAUGGCUGCCGCAGCUCAAAUACAUAACCCUCUGUCAAGACCAACAUCCGUUAUCAAGGAGCGUGUUGAUGAGAGUCCCUCUCCAGCGCCCUCUGUGGACGGGACUGCAGCGCUGAGUUCCCAGCAUUCAUCACAACACAGCAGCUCUGCCUCCAGCACCCCAACACACACACACACACUCUCCCCUCAGAGACCAGUUGAGGAUAGCGUGGUGAAGUCAUCAGUUUUCGAGAAGCUGCCCCUGUCUGGACAGACCCUCCCCUCUAACUUCCCUGCCCCAUUCCUUUUGACUGACGGCCUGUCCUCUGUGGAGACAUUACUCACCAACAUCCAGGGCCUACUGAAGGUGGCAGUGGAGAAUGCUCGUGUGCAGGAGAAACAGCUUCAGCAGGAGAGGAAGGAGCUGAAGAUGGAGCUCUACAGAGAGAGAGAGAUGAGAGAGAGUCUAGAGAAACAACUCACCUCUGAACUGCACAGCAGAGCUACCAUUCAGCGGCGUCUGAAGAAGGAGAAGAAAGCUAAGAGGAAGCUGCAGGAGGCUCUGGAGUUUGAGUCUAAGAGGAGGGAGCAGGUGGAGCAGGCACUAAAGCAAGCCACCUCACCAGACACGCUGCGCAUGAGUCUCAACGAGGCGAUUAUUCCAGAGAAGGAAGCAGAGCAGAAUGGAAGCCCACGGGAGAACUCCCCUGUACAAGAAAACAGAGGAUUUCUGAAGACCCCGAUAAUGUACUGA